AAAGUUUUUCUCACUGUAUAAUUUUUGUGUGUGGUUUCUCUAGAUGGAGCCUCUUUAUUCUGAAGACUGAGGGAAUCCAAUUCCAAAUAUAUCUCCGAUGUGUGUUAGCAGACGUUACUCUGAAGGACUUGAGUAGAACAGAAACACUAAGCAAACUAUGAAGAUUUUUUUAUUAUGAACAAGGAUUCCAACUCUCAAAAAUCAAGCAAUUGCUCAGAAUCCUAUAUGUUCUUAAAGGAGAUGGUAAACAUGAACCCAAAACCAUUCUUGUGUUCUGUAUGUGAAAAAUGCUUUCGCUUUCACUCAGAGCUUGUUCAGCAUCAGAGAACUCACACAAGAGAGAAACCUUUCUCAUGUUCUGAAUGUGGGAAAUGUUUUUCCACUAAAUCAGAGCUUGUCCAGCAUCAGAGAACUCACACAAGAGAGAAACCGUUCUCAUGUUCUGAAUGUGGGAAAUGUUUUUUAACUAAAUAUUAUCUUGUUCAGCAUCAGAGAACUCACACGGGAAAGAAACCUUUUUCAUGUUCUGAAUGUGGAAAAUGUUUUUACACUAAAGCACUGCUGGUUAGUCAUCAGAGAACCCACACAGGCGAGAAACCUUUCUCAUGUUCUGAAUGUGGAAAAUGUUUUUUAAUUAAAUAUUAUCUUGUUCAGCAUCAGAGAACUCACACGGGAGAGAAACCGUUCUCAUGUUCUGAAUGUGGGAAAUGUUUUUUAACAAAAUAUUAUCUUGUUAAGCAUCAGAGAACUCACACGGGAGAGAAACCGUUCUCAUGUUCUGAAUGUGGGAAAUGUUUUUUAACUAAAGAUUAUCUUGUUCAGCAUCAGAGAACUCACACGGGAGAGAAACCUUUCUCAUGUUCUGAAUGUGGAAAAUGUUUUUACACUAAAUCAUAUCUUGUCCGACAUCAGAGAACUCACACAGGAGAGAAACCUUUCUCAUGUUCUGAAUGUGGAAAAUGUUUUUCCACUAAAGCAGAGCUGGUUAGUCAUCAGAGAACUCACACAGGAGAGAAACCUUUCUCAUGUUCUGAAUGUGGGAAAUGUUUUUUCACUAAAUCAGAGCUUGUUCAGCAUCAGAGAACUCACACAAGAGAGAAAACUUUCUCAUGUUCUGAAUGUGGAAAAUGUUUUUCCACUAAAGCAGAGCUGGUUAGACAUCAGAGAACUCACACAGGAGAGAAACCUUUCUCAUGUUCUGAAUGUCGGAAAUGUUUUUCCACUAAAUUAAAUCUUGUCCAGCAUCAUAGAACUCACACAGGAGAGAAACCUUUUUCAUGUUCUGAAUGUGGAAAAUGUUUUUCCACUAAAGCACUGCUGGUUAGUCAUCAGAGAACUCACACAGGAGAGAAACCUUUCUCAUGUUCUGAAUGUGGAAAAUGUUUUUCCACUAAAGCAGAGCUGGUUAGACAUCAGAGAAAUCACACAGGAGAGAAACCUUUCUCAUGUUCUGAAUGUGGAAAAUGUUUUUCCACUAAAACAGAGCUGGUUAGUCAUCAGAGAACUCACACAGGAGAGAAACCUUUCUCAUGUUCUGAAUGUGGAAAAUGUUUUUCCACUAAAUCAUAUCUUGUCUGGCAUCAGAGAAUUCACACAGGACAGAAACCUUUUUCAUGUUCUGAAUGUGGGAAAUGUGUAUCUACUAAAUCAGAGCUUCUUCAGCAUCAGAGAACUCACACGGGAGAGAAACCUUUCUCAUGUUCUGAAUGUGGAAAAUGUUUUUACACUAAAUCAUAUCUUGUCCGACAUCAGAGAACUCACACAGGAGAGAAACCUUUCUCAUGUUCUGAAUGUGGAAAAUGUUUUUCCACUAAAGCAGAGCUGGUUAGUCAUCAGAGAACUCACACAGGAGAGAAACCUUUCUCAUGUUCUGAAUGUGGGAAAUGUUUUUUCACUAAAUCAGAGCUUGUUCAGCAUCAGAGAACUCACACAAGAGAGAAAACUUUCUCAUGUUCUGAAUGUGGAAAAUGUUUUUCCACUAAAGCAGAGCUGGUUAGACAUCAGAGAACUCACACAGGAGAGAAACCUUUCUCAUGUUCUGAAUGUCGGAAAUGUUUUUCCACUAAAUUAAAUCUUGUCCAGCAUCAUAGAACUCACACAGGAGAGAAACCUUUUUCAUGUUCUGAAUGUGGAAAAUGUUUUUCCACUAAAGCACUGCUGGUUAGUCAUCAGAGAACUCACACAGGAGAGAAACCUUUCUCAUGUUCUGAAUGUGGAAAAUGUUUUUCCACUAAAGCAGAGCUGGUUAGACAUCAGAGAAAUCACACAGGAGAGAAACCUUUCUCAUGUUCUGAAUGUGGAAAAUGUUUUUCCACUAAAACAGAGCUGGUUAGUCAUCAGAGAACUCACACAGGAGAGAAACCUUUCUCAUGUUCUGAAUGUGGAAAAUGUUUUUCCACUAAAUCAUAUCUUGUCUGGCAUCAGAGAAUUCACACAGGACAGAAACCUUUUUCAUGUUCUGAAUGUGGGAAAUGUGUAUCUACUAAAUCAGAGCUUCUUCAGCAUCAGAGAACUCACACGGGAGAGAAACCUUUCUCAUGUUCUGAAUGUGGAAAAUGUUUAUCCACUAAAUCACGUCUUGUUCGGCAUCAGAGAACUCACACAGGAGAGAAACCUUUCUCAUGUUCUGAAUGUGGAAAAUGUUUUUCCUCUAAAUUAAAUCUUGUUCAGCAUCAGACAACUCAUACAGGAGAGAAACCUUUCUUAUGUUCUGAAUGUGGGAAAUGUUUUUUAACUAAAUAUUAUCUUGUUAAGCAUCAGAGAACUCAUACAGGAGAGAAACCUUUCUCAUGUUCUGAAUGUGGAAAAUGUUUUUCCUCUAAAUUAAAUCUUGUUCAGCAUCAGACAACUCAUACAGGAGAGAAACAUUUCUCAUGUUCUGAAUGUGGGAAAUGUUUUUCCACUAAAUCAUAUCUUGUCCAGCAUCAGAGAACUCACACCGGAGAGAAACCUUUCUCAUGUACUGAAUGUGGGAAAUGUUUUUACACUAAAUCAUAUCUUGUCCAGCAUCAGAGAACUCACACGGGAGAGAAGCCAUUCUCAUGUUCUGAAUGUGGGAAAUGUUUUUACACUAAAUCACGUCUUGUCCAGCAUCAGAGAACUCACACGGGGGAGAAACCUUUCUCAUGUUCUGAAUGUGGGAAAUGUUUUUCCACUAAAUCAGAUCUUGUUCAGCAUCAGAGAACUCACACGGGAGAGAAACCUUUUUCAUGUUCUGAAUGUGGGAAAUGUUUUUUCACUAAAUCAGAGCUUGUUCAGCAUCAGAGAACUCACACAGGAGAGCAACCUUUCUCAUGUUCUGAAUGUGGAAAAUGUUUUUACACUAAAUCAUAUCUUGUCCGGCAUCAGAGAACUCACACAGGAGAGAAACCUUUCUUAUGUUCUGAAUGUGGGAAAUGUGUAUCCACUAAAUCAGUGCUUGUUCAGCAUCAGAGAACUCACACAGGAGAGAAACCUUUCUCAUGUUCUGAAUGUGGAAAAUGUUUAUCCACUAAAUCAUGUCUUGUUCAGCAUCAGAGAACUCACACAGGAGAGAAACCUUUUUCAUGUUCUGAAUGUGGAAAAUGUUUUUCCACUAAAUCAAAUCUCAUUCAGCAUCAGAGAACUCACCAGAGAGAAACCUUUCUCAUGUUCUUGAAUGUGGGAAAGGUUUUUAACUAAAU